GGCCGGUAUCGGCCGGUCAGUGGUGAGCGCGCCGGCCGCCGGCAGCAUGAGCGCCGCGGCGCCGAUCGUGUCUGCCCGGUCAUGUCGCGUGACCUGUACGGAGAGCCGCCGGCCGGGCGCGCCGCUCGCCGCGCCGAGCCGGUGACGGGCGCCUUUCCGCCGGCGUCGGGCGGAGCCGGCCGCGGCGGCAGUCCGCUGGUGCGCCGCAGCCGCUACAGCCGCUCCACGAGCAACUCGCCGCUGCCCGGCGAGCCGCGGCGCGUGCCGCACUCGGCCUCCUCGUCGCACAUCAACUCGUACCCGGACGAGCUGGCCAGCCCGGGUAUGGACCACCUGGACCGGGGCGGGCCGCGCGCCAACUCGCACCACCGCUCGCGAUCCACGUCGCGCGGCGCCUCGUCGCGCGGUUACCAUGGUGACGGACAUGAGCGCGAGUUUGUGCCCAUCCGCGAACCGCCGCCGCGCGACCGACCCGACCUCGGCAUGCCGCCCAGACGAGAACGCUCGCUCGAGCGCGGCAUGCGAGACGGGAUGCGCGACAGCAUGCGUGACAGCAUGCGAGAUGGCAUGCGAGACGGUCUCCGUGACGGGAUGUUGGACGAUGAGGGUCUGUACGGGCCGCCGCCGGGGCACCACAUGUCGCGCUCGGCUCGCCAGUCGCCCAGUGCCGACUUUGGCGGCAAGCACGGCGGCACGCGCGACUCGUAUAUUGUGGAGAUGCAGGCGCAGAACGGCGAGUUUCACCGAGAGCUGAGCCAGCUCAAAAAGGAGCUGGAACUCACCAACCAGAAGCUCGGUUCCAGUAUGCACAGCAUCAAAACUUUCUGGUCGCCGGAACUGAAGAAGGAGCGACAGAUGCGCAAAGACGAGUCGGCCAAGUACAGCCUGAUGAACGACCAGAUCAAGCUGCUGACGGCCGAGAACCAG